AUGGCCGGUUUACUCUGCCUAAUCGUGACGGACUUCCUAUCCUCCCGGCAAUCCGAGCUCUGCGCCGAGAUGCUGGGCUGGAUGCUGCUUCCGAUUGUGCUCGAAGUGGCGCGAAGAUCAGGUAGUCCGAGAGAUAGAACAACAACCCUUGUCCCCAGCUCGGAGGCUCAACGUCAACCUGCAUCUAAGACAGCCUUAUGGGUAGUCGCUCUAGGCGUCGGCAUCGUUUCAUUAUCCAAAGCCGAGAACGGCAUGAUUGGAUUUUUGCAGCCCGCAUUGACUCCCUUACUCCUGAUACCCCAGAAGUAUCCUGGCCUUGGUCGUGAGCCUGGUAUCGAAUCAGGAACUAUGACCAUCACCUCAGGGGUUCUCUCCAUAUCCACGUUUAGCGACACGAUCUGGGGCACAGCCGUGGUGGCUGUAUUGCUUAUUUGUACUGUAUCGGAUUGGGACCCUCGAUUAUAUGUCCUGUCGGCUAUUCCUGUUGUUGCGCUAUUGGUCGUCUUUAUCAUUCUCGCGCAUAACGGCUCUCGACUCUUUCGCCCACUUGAUAUCGAAAAGGCGGUUCUCCCUCUUUCACUGCGUGUUGUAGCUGUGCUGGCUACUUUGAUAUGCGCGGAAACGUUUGCCUUUGAUUUUCCCAAAAUUGAAACGGGGCCCAUUUUGACACUGGGCGUGAUGAAGGCUUUGACCUGGUGCUUCAUGGCUCAAACGGCUGGGCAAUCGUCCUGGCGCAUCGUCAGCACUGCUGCAACAUUUAGCAUGGUGGCCACGAUCGAUCCCUUCACAUACUCCUCCGACACCCACGCCUUCUUGCAUCUCGCAGGAUCACACAUUUCUCUCGGCCAGACGAUUCACCUGCUUCCAUCACACCCGAAACUCAAGAGGGCGCUCUGGUCCCUUUCCCUAAUCCCCGUUGUCGUGUUCAUCCGCAACAUACUUGAUAUCAGAGCCGCACAAUCGUCACUCAUUCACUCUCAGAACCAUCCCAUCGAACUCCUCGUCCAGAACGCCAAGCUGAACUUCGAGGCAUUGCUCAAAAGCCAGUCCGAAACUUACCCCGCGGCCCAUGCCGAGUACAUCCGUCGCUAUGGCGUCCAACCACCCCCAGGCUUCGAAGCCUGGUUCGAGUACGCAAAGCUGCACGAUUCACCCAUAAUCGACGACUUCGACACGCUCUACCGCGCCAUUUCGCCCUUUUGGGGGCAAACCGGCAAGGAGUUCCUGGAUGUCAUGGACCGCGCGUAUAACGCACGCGACAGUGAGCUGUGGCUCUGUGAGUUCUCGGGAGAUCUGGCUCGGACAUCCUGUACUCACCCGCAUCGGACUCGCGACAGGAGUAUCCAGCUUCUAUUCAAUACAGCCCUGGGCGAGCUGCGCGGCGCAUUACCGAACGUCAAGUUCCUUGUGAAUCAUCUCGACGAGCCGAGGGUUAUCGUCCCGCCAGAUCCUUCAGGGCCAGGAGACCAGUUCGGCCUGACUGAUAGCUCCAGACGGUCUGCCUGGGAUCUCCUCACGAGAUUCUGCUCCUCUCAAGGAGAUCAAGCAGGCCAUCAGAGUCAGGAGCCCUACACCGGAUCCGGACAACCCUCCGCCCUGGCCUUUGUCACCGACCACCGUUCCGCACUGGACCUAUGCCGGCACCCAGAGUAUAGGGCCAUGCACGGCAUGCUUCUCAGCCCCGCGACCCUGCGGCUGUUCGAGGGUCUCGUUCCGACCCUUUCAACGGGGUCGCUAUCCACCAUGAGCGACAUCUUAUACCCCAGCCCGGCCUACAUCGAGCCCGAAUUCCAGUACUGCCCAGACCACGACCCCCCGUGGGAUCAGAAGCGCAACGCCCUCUACUGGGCCGGAUCGACAACCGGCGGGUUCGUCACGAGCAGCGCCCAAUGGCCACACUUCCACCGCCAGCGCUUCGUCCAGUUGGCGCAGAACCUGGACGGUCGUCAUUCCUACCUCCAGGAAAUUGACGGCCAAAUCCACCUCACGAAAUCCCCCUUUCUCAACGGCCGAUUAUUCGACGUCGCCUUCACGAAGACCCCCCAGUGCGAGCCGCAGUACUGCAGACAGCAACGCUCCUACUUCCGCCUCAAGCCGUGGGCGCAUCGCGACCUUGCCCUGCACUCGCGCCUGGUCUUCGACACUGACGGCAACGGCAUCAGCGGGCGCUUCUACAAGCUCCUCGCGUCGAACUCGGCGGUGCUGAAGCAAACGCUGAUGCGAGAGUGGCAUGAUGAUCGUCUGCUGCCGUGGGUGCACUACCUCCCCGUGAGCCUGGGCCUGGAAGAGCUUCCGGAGAUGGUUUCGUAUCUCACGUCCACCGAGGCGGGACGGAUGAUCGCGGCGGAGAUUGCGGGGAGUGGUCGGGGGUGGUUUGAGACGGCGUUGAGAGAGGUGGAUAGGAGUGUUUAUCUGUAUCGCUUGUUGUUGGAGAUUGCGAGGUUGCAGGAUCCGGAGAGGAUGGUACUGUGCUAA